AUGAGAGCAGUGCUCCCUGGCAGGCCAAGGUCUGGGCUUCAAGCUCUUACGACGGGCUUCUGGGGCUCGAGACACUUCAAUGUAUACAUAACUGGCAGUGCAUUCACCAUUCUCGGUGACUCUGAUACUAUUCUCCAGACCAUAUACGACGACGAUCCGAGCCACUUGCAGGCCGUAGCAUUCGACGAAUCUUCAGGCAAGAUUGCCACAUGUACCGACUCCGUCGUGAGGGUUUACAGACCAUUCGGACAGUUAGAAGAUGCGCUAAAGUGGGGUCUCCAAUCAUCAUUCCCAGUCCCCGAUGGUCAUUAUGCCGCCAGUGGCAUCUCACUGAGCUGGGGUGGCACUGAAGAGCUCCUUGUUGCCCAUUCCGCCCUUUACCUGUACCUGACCACCGACGUGCCAGCGCAACUAUGGAACAAACCUGUCCCGAACCCCCUUAAGCUUGCAGAGCUCUCCUACGACUCGGCAUACAUAGCGUCGGUCGGUCUUCAGGAUAGCCUAGUCAAGGUCUGGCGCCGGUUGACGUAUGGAGCCGAAGAUGUACGCUUCGACCUGGCCUAUCUGCGCCAUCCGGACGUCGUGACUGGUCUUCGAUGGCGAAAGCCCUAUCAUGCCGGGCAAACCGUCGAAAACGCACUCUAUACUAUAUGCACUGAUAAUCUAAUCCGCGUUUGGACCGGCGCAGAUACGCAUGCCUUGGGGCACAUGAAUCUAUGGGGAGCUAUCGACUUAUCCUCGUCUCUUCGGGAUCAGAGUCUCAAAUCUGCCAUUACUGCAGCGCCACUACUUGCAUUCGUCAUUGACGGAAGAGAGAUUACAGCUUCAACAGAGUUAACGGUUCAACGCCGUCCGGUUCAAGAAGGGAAGCGUGACAACGCUCUCGAGAACUUGAUAGCUCUUGCAAAUAAUAGCCCCGAGCUGUGUGUUGCUUUCGAUGGAGCAGGAAACAUGGUCGUCUACGCUUUCGAGGACGUCGGCUGCAGGAUGAACAAGCCCAACACUGCUGUCAAAGUCACUGAAUUCCAGUCGCAUCUGUUCGACUUUUGGUCUGAUCAGCACGUUCAGGUACAGAGCUAUUGCGACCGACAGACUGGGAUGUUGCGUGUGUUAGCCCAUAACUUUGAUGGCCAGAUUCAUGUCUACGAAGCGAGCUUGGUAGAUUUCCUCGACACCGUUGACAAAGAGAACCGCCUGAUUCGCCGCUGUAUUUGGUCCGGCCAUUCGGCACCCAUCAAGAAAAUGGUUCGGAACUUCAGUGGUAGAGCUGUUGUGUCUAGAACAGAGGAGGGCGAAAGCAUUGUCUGGGCGCAUGCUGAGGACAGCAGGACUAGCCUUUUGCGCCAGAGCGUUAUUGCGGGGAAUGCUCAUAUUCAUCGUAUUUGUGUUCUACGCAAGGGUCGCUUCGUCAUGUUCCUGGAAAAUAACACCGUCUCUUUAUGGGAUUGUCGGCCACAAAAAGCAACGUUGCUGGAUCGCCAGCCAUACGAAGUCUCAGGGAAACCGCUUUGUCUCCUGAUACUGCCGCGACAGAGGGUGGAGGACUAUGCCGUUGCCCAGAUUGCCACGAUUACCUCGGAGCAGGAAGGACUUGUAUGGGAGGUCAAUCUACCUCAGUACUCUCAUGGGCGUAUUGAGGCUCACUCCAAGGGUCGAGACGAGACAUCGAUCCGGGAAUUUUGUAGGUUCAAGCUGAGAGAUGCUGAAGGAAUCGCGUACAUGCUUCCCGUUGAUCCGGCUGGGUCUGCGCCGGUAACGUCAGGCUUCCUGGAUGUUUUUGCCAGGGACAUCGCCAUAUCUUACACUCAUACCGGCCGAGUAGACUUUUGGACAGCUCGAGUUGACAAAACGAGAAACCAUGUUGGGUGGCUUUCCACAUCCUCAGCUGAGACAGGCCUUUCAGAGCCGGCUCUCGUUAGCGGUAGCACUCUUAAGAAAGCUGCGCUCGUCGAUUCCAGCAGGUCACAAUUAUCUAUCUGGGACAUUGGCGGCGCUCGACUUGAGUUCACACAGGACUACGGUACGCACAACACCAUUCAGGACCUUGACUGGACUUCAACACCAGAUUCGCAAUCGAUUCUUGCCGUCGGCUUCCAGUCAAAGGUAGUUUUGCUUUGCCAGAUGCGGUUUGACUAUCUGAACAAGGGGCCAGCUUGGGCUGCAGUUCGGGAGAUCAGUAUUCGUGAGUUCACGCCUCAUCCUAUAGGCGAUUCCACGUGGCUAGGUGAUGGACAUCUCGUUAUUGGCUCCGGGAAUCAGAUGUUUGUUCACGGGAGAGAUUACGACUUAUCCAGCUCGCUGAUCAACAGCCUGCAACUUCCGCACCGGAAGAACGGCGUCUGGGACAUAUUCGAAGCCGUUCAGAGGUUUAACGGGCCAUUGCCGGUUUUCCAUCCACAAUUCUUGAGUCAGUGCAUCCUGGCGGGUAAGAACACGAUAGUGCGGACCGUGCUCAUGUCUCUGCACAAAACACUGAAGUUCCUCAUUGCCGGCGAGAGCGUUGAUGACUAUUUGGGCCUAGACCCAGCAGUUUUUUACAUGAACGAGGCAACGAAAGCAUCAGAAGCUCAAUUGGGGUCCCACUUUAGCCUUCAAGCAUCCAGCGACGAGGCGGAUGAAUUGUUCAGCGAGGACAUUGCGCAUUCCAUAAACGAACGUCUGACCAAGGUCAGCCUUCAGCAGUUGUCGGGCCACGAGCAGAUUCAACUAGCGGACAUUGUUGAAUGUGUUGGGCUUGUGGAAAAGCAGCGCAGGUCACUGGAUGAAAAUGGCGCGCGCUUCAUGCUCUUUUUCCGCCAGCACAGCCUUCGCAAGGGCCGGACAAGCGAGAUGCAGAUGUCGUGGCGAGAAAUCAACUGGGCUUACCAUUCAACCAGCCAAGACAUUCUCACCGACUUUGUUACCAAACAAUGCCACGGCACUGUGCGGUGGGAAGAUGCGCGAGAGAGCGGCAUGUUCAUGUGGCUCAGUGACCGCAAUGCUUUGCGUGCGCAAUUUGAGAAUGUGGCCCGCAACGAAUACACAAAGAGCGACAUGAAAAACCCAGUGGAUUGUAGCAUCUACUAUUUGGCCCUCAAGAAGAAGACAAUCCUUCAGGGACUGUGGCGUAUGGCUCACUGGAAUAAAGAGCAAGGGGCAACACAAAAAUUGCUGGCCAAUAACUUUGAAGAGCCCAAGUGGCAGACAACAGCUCUGAAGAAUGCCUACGCCUUGCUCAGUAAGCGACGUUUUGAGUAUGCAGCAGCGUUCUUUCUGCUCGCUGACCAAUUGCAGGACGCUGUCAGCGUCUGUUUGAAUCAGCUCAAGGACCUUCAGCUCGCCGUGGCAAUUGCACGGGUAUAUGAGGGCGACCACGGUCCAGUUUUGAAAAAGCUGUUAGAAGAGGAGGUCCUCGCUGUGGCAGCUAAAGAGGGCAACCGCUGGCUUGCAUCGUGGGCUUUUUAUAUGUUGAAUCGUAAGGAUAUGGCGGUAAGGGCUCUCAUUUCCCCCGUUUACACCUUGGUGGAAACGCCGUGUGCGCCUGACAUGAGGUCGAAACUUUUCUUGACGGACGACCCGGCAUUGGUGGUGCUGUACUCGCAGCUACGGCAAAAGACACUUCAAACCCUCCGUGGGGCGUCGAAGGUUACUCCUCGCGUCGAGUGGGAAUUUGUCCUCCACAGCGCCAAGCUCUACGACCGUAUGGGUUGCGAUCUUCUUGGUCUGGACCUGGUUCGCAACUGGGAGUUUCUAAAACCAGCAUCCAGCACGGCAAAUGGACUAGGCGGCGAAGCCAACCCGCUGAAGAUGUUGCUCCGUCGUAGUUCGCUAGUGGUGGCAGACUUGCCUAUGUCGAGUCUUCACGUCGGGAUAAGAUCAGGUGUGCUGGGGAAACAGCCGAAUCCGACAGUCUUCCAGGAGCCGGAUUCGAGUUCGUUGCUCGAUAACUUCGGAUUCUAG